CAGCGCCAUGCCUCUCCUGUGCAAGCUGCUGAACUGCCGCCUCCAGCCGGCUCUGCUCCGCUCGCGCGCGCUCGCGUCCGCGCAAAGCCGAAGCUGCCAAGGAAGCAGAGGAGCCCUGGCCUGGAGCGCGCGCACUGGGCCUGGAGCGCGCGCUGACGCUGCGGCCGUCUCUGUCUCCAAGAGGGCUCGAGCGGAGGAUGGCCCUUCUCUGCGUUUCGUGCGGCUCUCAGAGCACGCCACGGCGCCCACCCGCGGGUCCGCGCGCGCUGCAGGCUACGACCUGUACAGUGCCUAUGAUUAUACAAUAUCACCCAUGGAGAAAGCCAUUGUGAAGACAGACAUUCAGAUAGCUGUUCCUUCUGGGUGCUAUGGAAGAGUAGCUCCACGUUCUGGCUUGGCUGUAAAGCACUUCAUAGAUGUAGGAGCUGGUGUCAUAGAUGAAGAUUAUAGAGGAAAUGUUGGCGUCGUGCUGUUUAAUUUUGGGAAAGAGAAGUUUGAAGUGAAAAAAGGUGAUCGGAUUGCACAGCUCAUCUGUGAGCGGAUUUCCUACCCAGACUUAGAGGAAGUGCAGACACUGGAUGACACCGAGAGAGGCUCAGGAGGCUUCGGCUCCACAGGAAAGAAUUAAAACUUUGCUUGAAGUAUUUUGCUGUUUCAACACUGUAACCAGGAGCUUUAACCUUGGAAGCAUUUCGUGUUCUAGGAUGCAGGAAAGGAAACCUGUCACAUUGAAACUACUCUGUUCUCUGUGGUCGAUGGUCCCCUGUAAGUCUACAUCAUGAGGAUGGCACCGACGUGCAGACUUACUAAAACCAAGGGAACAAUUAGAUUUUUGUUGUUGUAUUAUUUAAAGUAUUGCCCUCCAAGAACUGGUUUUGCUCUAAUUGCUGUAUCAUUUGUAAUUUUUUUUUAUCCAAUAAAGUUGAAACCUUUAGCAGAUAAUGAUGUUGCAUGAGCAGACAAAAAGAGGUGCAGUGUGGUUCAGGGCUCUAACAGCCCUUGGAGGUUGAGUCAGGAGGAUUGCGGUGAGUUAGUCUAGCCAGAGCUACUACGAGAUGCUAUCUAAGGAAGGGCGGCAGUGUUAAAAGCUCCUGCUUGGUCUUUUCUGCACUUGGUCUUUUUGAUACUAGAACUUGAAAGGUCUUACCCCAGAUUUUGAACCCACAAAUGUACAACAUGACAAACCAGUGAGUGUAUGGUAUUACUGGGGAGGGGCUACAAACAGGAACAGAAAUGACUCAAAGGUAUCACUGAAAGCCCAACCACUCAGCAUGGUGACUGCUCCUUAAAGCCAUAAACCUAGAGCACACUAUACAGCAAGGCCAAACCAAUGUUAAUAUUAGCAACACAUUUAGAAGUGUCUGGAGAUAGAACUAUGCAAGGCAUGUGAGCCUUCAAAUGAUAAUGCUGUAAUCUGUGGCUGGACAUUUCAGGCAUUUUCUGAUGGUGUAAAGGAAUUGCCCCGCCCCAAGAUAAUUGACCUGAUCAUUUUAGCUUCAAAAUGCACUCUUUUUAUCCUAAGAAGAAAGAGGUUGGAGUGGUUGUCUUCUCCAAACAGAAAAUAAAAUGUCUGUGCACUUCCCCA